AACGACAAUUGCUUUGAAAGUCCACUCCCGUCAUCGACUUGAAAGAGGAUUUCAAAAUGAGGUUUUUAGCUUUAUUUUGUUUGGUAGCAUUGAGCUCAGCUGCAGUUUUGCGUGAUAACAAACGCAGUAACUUUUGGCAUGAUCUUGGACAACAAUUGACCCAUGUCGGUGAACAACUUCUACAAACAGCUGUGACGACAGGGGAACAGGCUCUACUUACUGGUGCCCUUGGCAAGAGGAGUGACUUUUGGCAUGAUCUUGGACAACAAUUGACCCAUGUCGGUGAACAACUUCUACAAACAGCUGUGACGACAGGGGAACAGGCUCUACUUUCUGGUGCCCUUGGCAAGAGGAGUGACUUUUGGCAUGAUCUUGGAAGCCAAUUGACACAUGUUGGAGAACAACUUCUCACAACGGCAAUUCAGACUGGAGAACAAGCUUUAUUGACUGGCGCCCUUGGAAAGAGGAGUGACUUUUGGCAUGAUCUUGGAAGCCAAUUGACACAUGUUGGAGAGACACUUCUCCAAACAGCAGUUCAGACUGGAGAGCAGGCUCUAUUGGCUGGUGCCCUCGGAAAGAGGAGUGACUUUUGGCAUGAUCUUGGAAGCCAAUUGACCCAUGUCGGUGAACAACUUCUACAAACAGCUGUGACGACAGGGGAACAGGCUCUAUUGGCUGGGGCCCUUGGCAAGAGGAGUGACUUUUGGCAUGAUCUUGGACAACAAUUGACCCAUGUCGGUGAACAACUUCUACAAACAGCUGUAACAACAGGGGAACAGGCUCUACUUUCUGGUGCCCUUGGCAAGAGGAGUGACUUUUGGCAUGAUCUUGGAAGCCAAUUGACACAUGUUGGAGAACAACUUCUCACAACGGCAAUUCAGACUGGAGAACAAGCUUUAUUGACUGGCGCCCUUGGAAAGAGGAGUGACUUUUGGCAUGAUCUUGGAAGCCAGUUGACACAUGUUGGAGAGACACUUCUCCAAACAGCAGUUCAGACUGGAGAGCAGGCUCUAUUGGCUGGUGCCCUCGGAAAGAGGAGUGACUUUUGGCAUGAUCUUGGAAGCCAAUUGACACAUGUUGGAGAGACACUUCUCCAAACAGCAGUUCAGACUGGAGAGCAGGCUCUAUUGGCUGGUGCCCUCGGAAAGAGGAGUGACUUUUGGCAUGAUCUUGGAAGCCAAUUGACACACGUCGGAGAACAACUUCUCCAAACAGCAGUUCAGACUGGAGAGCAGGCUCUUUUGUCUGGUGCCCUCGGAAAGAGGAGUAACUUUUGGCAUGAUCUUGGACAACAAUUGACCCAUGUCGGUGAACAACUUCUACAAACAGCUGUGACGACAGGGGAACAGGCUCUACUGUCUGGUGCCCUCGGAAAGAGGAGUGACUUUUGGCAUGAUCUAGGAUCCCAAUUGACACAGGUCGGUACACAACUUCUCCAGACAGCGAUUCAGACUGGAGAACAAGCUUUAUUGACUGGUGCCCUCGGAAAGAGGAGUGACUUUUGGCAUGAUCUUGGAAGCCAAUUGACACAUGUCGGAGAACAACUUCUCACAACAGCAAUCCAGACUGGAGAACAGACUUUAUUGUCCGGCGCCCUCGGAAAGAGGAGUGACUUCUGGCAUGAUCUUGGGAGCCAGUUGACCCAUGUAGGUGAACAACUUCUCCAAACAGCAGUUCAGACUGGAGAACAAGCUCUAUUGUCUGGUGCCCUCGGAAAGAGGUAGAAAGUAAACAUGAUGUUUUCUACGUCUAGGCGUUUUGUAAUAGGCGCCAUCCAAUUGUAUUUAUAUAUAAUAAUUUGUUAUGAAUAAAAUAUGUAAGUAAAUACUCUACA